GCCAUGCUGCAGGAGGUCCUGCUGGGAUUCAAAGAGACGCUGCGAUGGGGGCUGGGGAGCGACAUAGCCAUCCCGCUGAUGAUUGAUUUCUGGGAAACAUCCUCAGCAGAAUUAUUUGAAGGUGUUGCACCAGAGAGUAAAGGCACAGAGGCAGUGGCUUGUGGGAAAGAGGGCGGCAGAGUAAUGCCCACCUUUGGAUCCAGAUUGUCCCAGCCUCCCAGGGGACAGGGAAGGGAACUGGCUGUAGUGGAGCCAGUCCAGGGGCCGGUGACCUUCGAGGAGGUGGCUGUGUAUUUCACCAGGGAAGAGUGGGCUCUGCUGGACCCCCGUCAAAGAGCCCUCUGCAGAGACGUCAUGCAGGAGAACUAUGAGAAUGUGACCUCGCUGGCAGGUGAUGCAAUGGUGUAUGAGAAAGAGGAGCAGAAUUCUCAGCAGGGAAAUGUUGAGCAAGUGGCUAAACACAGAGAAUUAUCUCAAAGAUCGAAAAGGAAUGUGUCCAAGAGUCAUGAACAGGGAAAUUCAUGUGAGAUUCAGCACAGACCAGAGAGAGAGCAGGGAAACCAGCCAGGGGAGAAAGUGGAUAAAUUAAUUUCACAAGAAGGAAUUCAGAAGGACCUCAAGGAAACCACAACACACCAGGAAAUCCUUAUGGGAAAGAGCAAAAAUACAUGCACUGAGUGUGGGAAAAACACUAUUCAGCCCAUAAAGAGCAUCAUAGAAUCCACACAGGUGAGAAACCCUAUGAAUGCAGUGAGUGGGAAAACCUUCAUGCGCAGCUCACAUCUUAUUUCCCAUCAGAGAAUCCACAUAGGGGAGAAGCCCCAUGGAUGCAGUGAGUGUGGAAAAACUUUCAGUCGCAGCUCAUACCUUAUUACCCAUCAGAGAAUCCACACAGGGGAGAGGCCCUAGGAAUGCAGUGAGUGUGGGAAAAAUUUCACUCACAGAUUCAGCCUUAUUUAUCAUCAGAGAAUCCACAUGGGGGAGAGGCCCUUUAAAUGCCAUGAGUGUGGAAAAUGCUUUAUUAAUACCUCAACUCUUUCUAAACAUCAGAGAAUCCACACAGGGGAGAAGCCCUAUGAAUGCAGAGAGUGUGGGAAAAACUUCACUCACAGAUCAGGCCUUUCUGAACAUCAGAGAAUCCACACAGGGGAGAGGCCGUAUGAAUGCCAUGAGUGUGGGAAAACUUUCAAUCAGAGCUCAAACCUUAUUACUCAUCAGAGAAUCCACACAGGAGAGUGACCCUAUGAAUGCAGUGAGUGUGGGAAAACCUUUGCUUGGCACUCAGCCCAUGUUAGUCAUCAGAGAAUCUGCCAGGGAGCUCAACACCAUAAAAACCUCUAGGGCAGGGCUGCACAACUCGUAAAGCGGUGAGGGCCAUAUUACUCCAAAGAAAACAGCUGAGGGCUGAACUCGCCCCACGCCCAG